AUGCAUAUAUGUAAGUAUCAGUCUAGCUCUACUUUUCAUUAUCUAUCUAUCUAUCUAUCUAUCUAUCUAUCCUCUUCAUAUAUUGCCUAUAUCUUCUUCCUUGCACUAUCUAUCUAUCUAUCUAUCUAUCUAUCUAUCUAUCUAUCUAUCUAUCUAUCCUCUUCAUAUAUUGCCUAUAUCUUCUUCCUUGCACUAUCUAUCUAUCUAUCUAUCUAUCUAUCUAUCUAUCUAUCUAUCCUCUUCAUAUAUUGCCUAUAUCUUCUUCCUUGCACUAUCUAUCUAUCUAUCUAUCUAUCUAUCUAUCUAUCUAUCUAUCUAUCUAUCUAUCUAUCUUCAUAUAUUGCCUAUAUCUUCUUCCUUGCACUAUUAUCUAUCUAUCUAUCUAUCUAUCUAUCUAUCUAUCUAUCUAUCUAUCUAUCUAUCAUACACAUUAAUAUAUAUAAGCGCACGCUUAUACGUGUACAAUUUUACAGUUAG